UCCCUCUUGAAGUGGGUCCCUCACCCCCACUCCCAACCUGGAGCCGUAGCUUGGGAAGCAGUUACCGGUGUUGGGAUAAGCAACAGCUGCUGGGCUUCUUUUGCUGUCUCAGGAACUCUGACAGCACCAGAGAGCGGGGACGGAGUCUAAUUUUAAACUCAUGCCUGGUGCAUUUGUGUAUGUGUGAGUGCGAUUUCCAGCCCCCCCCUCACCCUCCGCCUCCCGCUCUGCACCGAGGAGACUGGCUCGGCAGAAGAGAACCAGAAGGGGCUUCGGGCUGGGGACGGGGGUCUCAGCCGUGGGAGGAGAGGACGGGGGGAGAAGAACUGGCGGAGGCAGCUAGGGAAGGAAGAUCAUGGAGCCUGCUUCUGCCCAGGAUGAUCAGAAGAAAAAGCAACAGAGAGAAAAGUCAAAGAAACCGGUGCCACCAGCAGCCCCGCGGCCAGCCAGGGCUCUGUUCUGCUUAACCCUUCAGCACCCGCUGCGGAAAGCCUGCAUCGGCAUUGUGGAAUGGAAACCCUUCGAGAUCAUUAUCCUGAUGACCAUCUUUGCCAACUGCGUGGCGUUGGCCGUCUACCUGCCCAUGCCAAACGAUGAUACCAAUGCUUCCAACUCCAGCCUGGAGAAGAUAGAGUACGUCUUCCUGAUCAUCUUUACCAUUGAAGCCACACUCAAGAUCAUUGCCUAUGGGUUUCUACUUCACACGGAUGCCUACCUCCGAAACGGCUGGAACGUGCUGGACUUCGCCAUUGUCUCUUUGGGAGCCAGGUGGAUUUGGUUCUCCCCCUGGAUCUUCAUCUGCCUCUGUCCUGCUCAGGUGAACGACGCCAUCGGGAACGAGUGGCCCUGGAUCUAUUUCGUCAGCCUCAUUCUGCUGGGCUCUUUCUUCGUUCUCAACCUGGUGCUGGGCGUGCUCAGCGGGUCCCGCAUACUCUAUUAUGAUUUUCUGAAGGCUUUCCAGGGAGAAGGGAUGCUGCCAUCAGAGGAAGGGGGUUCAGAGACCGAGAGCCUGUAUGAAAUUGAGGGCAUGAACAAAUGGAUUCUCUUCUUCCAGCAGUGGAGGCGAUGGAACCGCCUGUUCCGCAGGAAGUGCCGCGAGGUGGUGAAGUCCAAGUUUUUCUAUUGGCUGGUGAUCCUGCUCAUCUCUCUGAAUACCCUGUCAAUCGCCUCCGAGCAUCACUGGCAGCCCGAGUGGCUGACCCGUGUGCAAGACAGUGCCAACCGGGUGCUGCUGGCUCUCUUUGCGGCCGAGAUGCUGCUGAAGAUGUACGCGCUGGGCCUGCGCCAGUACUUCAUGUCCCUCUUCAACCGCUUCGACUGCUUCGUGGUGUGCGUCGGCAUCCUGGAGAUUAUCCUGGUGGAAAUCAAUGUCAUGUCACCCCUGGGCAUCUCCGUCCUGCGGUGCAUUCGCCUGCUGAGGAUCUUCAAGAUAACCAGGUACUGGACCUCUCUGAGCAACCUGGUGGCAUCCCUGCUAAACUCGGUCCGCUCCAUCGCCUCCCUGCUCCUCCUCCUCUUCCUCUUCAUCAUCAUCUUCUCCCUGCUGGGGAUGCAGCUCUUCGGCGGGAAGUUUGACUUUGAAGACAUGGAGGUGCGGCGCAGCACCUUCGAUAACUUCCCCCAGGCGCUCAUCAGUGUCUUCCAGAUCCUGACCGGAGAAGAUUGGAAUUCAAUCAUGUACAAUGGGAUCAUGGCUUAUAAAGGGCCCUCCUUCCCCGGCGUGCUGGUAUGCAUUUACUUCAUCAUCCUCUUUGUCUGCGGGAACUGUAUUCUGCUCAAUGUCUUUCUGGCCAUCGCUGUGGACAAUCUGGCCGAGGCCGAGAGCCUGACGUCGGCCCAGAAAGCCAAAGCCGAGGAGAAGAAGCGAAGGAAAAUGUCCAGUUCCCUUCAGAUGACCGCAUACGGUGCAUUCCUUCACAAGGGGUCCUUCUGCCGGAACUACUUCAACAUCCUGGAUCUGCUGGUGGUUGCUGUCUCCCUCAUCUCCAUGGGAAUUGAGCAGGUCUGCGCUUGCGCUGUUGUGCGAAUGGAUGAGGUUGACGUGACUCUUUGGCUAGAAGUGCUACGGGUUGCUGCAGCAGUGGGGAAGUUUAGCAGCUGUACGGAUCCGGCCAAGAUGACAGAAAAGGAAUGCAGAGGCAACUUCAUCGUGUACAUGGACAGCGGCCCCAAGCAGCAAGAGCUGUACCCGCGCGAGUGGAUGCACAACGACUUCCACUUCGACAACGUCCUCUCAGCCAUGAUGUCGCUCUUUACCGUCUCCACCUUCGAGGGCUGGCCCCAGGCUGCCAGGCCUCUGGUUGGUGCAGAGCUGCGCCAGUGUGUCCAGUACGCGCUGAAAGCCCGCCCUCUGAGACGCUACAUCCCCAAGAACCCCUAUCAGUACCAGAUCUGGUAUGUGGUGACCUCCUACUACUUCGAGUACCUCAUGUUCUUCCUGAUCAUGCUGAACACCAUCUGCCUGGGCAUGCAGCACUACAACCAGUCAGCUGAGAUGAACCACCUCUCGGACAACUUGAAUGUGGCCUUCACCAUCCUCUUCACCCUGGAGAUGUUCCUCAAGCUCAUGGCCUUCAAAGCCAAGGGCUAUUUCAGCGACCCCUGGAACGUCUUUGAUUUCCUCAUCGUCAUCGGUAGCAUCAUCGACGUCAUCCUGAGCGAGAUCGAUACGUUUCUUGCUUCCAGUGGCGGACUGUACUGCCUAAGCGGAGGCUGUAAUGGCAUUGAUUCUGCAGACAAUACCCGCGUCUCCAUCACCUUCUUCCGACUUUUCCGGGUGAUGCGGUUGGUGAAGCUGUUGAGCCGGGGGGAAGGAGUCAGGACCCUGCUCUGGACCUUCAUCAAGUCCUUCCAGGUGUGUAUGGACCAAUUCCCAGUGUGGCUGGGCAACUGGGCUGUGAUCGGGAUGCAGAUGUUUGGGAAAAUCGCCCUGGUGGAUGGAACCCAAAUCAACCGGAACAACAACUUCCAGACCUUCCCACAAGCCAUCCUGCUGCUCUUCAGGUGUGCGACAGGCGAGGCCUGGCAGGAGAUCCUGCUGGCCUGCAGCUACGGGAAAAAGUGUGACCCCGAGUCUGACUGGACCCCAGGGGAGGAGUACACCUGUGGCACAGGCUUUGCCUACUUCUACUUCAUCAGCUUCUACAUGCUCUGCGCCUUCCUGAUUAUCAACCUCUUUGUCGCCGUCAUCAUGGACAACUUUGACUACCUCACGCGGGAUUGGUCCAUCCUGGGUCCUCACCAUCUGGACGAAUUCAAAAGAAUCUGGGCAGAAUACGACCCGGAAGCCAAGUGAGUGAGCACUGCUCUGUGGCU